GUGCACCCUGUGACUGCAUUAUCCAAAGCAUUCCAGCUUGAAAUAUAUAUUAAUCAGUGGAAUAUUUGAUGAGAAACAAUUGUGCGUGUUUGGGUUUAUUUUCUUUUCAAAAAAUUUUCGACUUUUAUUUCUUUUGGAAUUUAACUUUUGAUAUUUUGGGUACGCAAUAUUACUAAGAUAUUAUGCCACCCCCAAGACCGAGGGGAGUGGGAUAUAAUACAGGAGUCACAACAUCAAGGCCCAGCCCGAAUACACCGAUGUCUGAGAGACAGCAAAUGGCACUGCUUAUUCAGAUGACGGCAAACUCAACGACAGAGGCCACUAGGACGCACAUCAAGAAGAAUGAGCAUAAAAAAGGUGAUGAUGCCGAAGAUGUUAACUCCACAGAAAAGCACGAUCAUUCAGAGACCAGCCGCGACAAAUUAACCACUGAUGAGGUGAAUGCCGAAAAUAAAAGUGAACACGAUGGUAUUGGCAACGCAGAUACGCCUUCCUCCAGUCAAGGUAAACGUAAUUUCUCCGAUAUCGAUGAGGAUGAUUUUGAAGAGUGCGAUGAUGGCAAGAAAAAGAAACGCAAAGAAAUAGAUAGUGGCAAAGAUACAAAAUCUACAACAGCAACACGUCUACCAGGACGCCCAGAAAAAGUUAUAAAACAAACAUCGGCCGCAAAAGGUUCGCCGAAUCCAAAUAAAAAUGCAAAUGCAACAGAGAAAGAACAGGCCGAAAUGGCGAAAUCCGGUUUCACCAAACAAUUUGAAGCGGAAGCGGAUGAUGAAGAAUUUAAAAUGUCGGAUUCCUUAUACAGCGGUGGGCUGAAGGUGCCGCCAUUAAAAAUUGUAAUACCACAGCAGAAUUGCUCCAUAGAUACAGAUGGAAAUGUAUCACGAACAGGCAAAAUAAACACAUCACGCAAUGCUGCGCUACCCUAUGUGGUCAGCUCGAAUACGAAUGAUGCCAGCGAACGUGAGGCGCAAUGCGGCAGUCCGCAUGAAAGCCCCAUUAAAAUCAAUAACAUAGGCAAUGUUAUAGACGAGAAGAAUAUGAAGUUAUUAAAUGAAGAGAAAAAUCUGCAUCGUGUGCUACGCAGUUCUCAUCGUAGUGGUAUAACGAGUGCUGAACGUAGUUCUAACAAUUCCUCACCACAAAUGCAAAGCAGCUCACCAUCGCCCGCAUCGUCUAACGCCAAUGAGGGCGCUACCGAUACAAAGCUGACGUUCACCAAUGUUAGCGCCAGCCCGCUACAACAUAAUCACGCAUACGAGAAUGAGAAUAUCGUUAAUCUGCCAAGCCCGUCCACCUCGUCCACAUCGUCAUCGAAAGAUGUACAUUCACACGGUGUGGAUUUACAUCCGCGCAAACGUAAAAUACGCACCAAACAUGAUGACAACCACAAUAACAAAAACAAUGGAAAUCACAAUACAAAUACAGAAGCCAACGCUACAAUGUCCGAUACACAUUCGCAUGAUUUUCCCUUCACAAAUUGUUUCCAAAUGUAUCUGAGUAUACGCAGACAAAUUGAGAAAAAGUGGCGUAAUAUGUACCCGAUCAAACCCAGACCGCCACAAGGUUAUAACGAGUAUUUGCUAAAUAAGAAAACCUAUCUACUUGCAAGUAAUGAGCAGAAAGUGGAGCCCGUAACACCGUCUAAUAUACCGUCGAAAAUGCAUGAGAUUUAUCGUUUGCAGGAGAAUGAGCGCAAUGCGCUUCUGCAGCGCCACAUUGUGGAACGUGAGAAAUUGUGUUUGAAUGUGGAACAGGAAAUGAUACGCGUGCACUCGAAGGCAGCGCGCAAUAUUUCAUGUCAGCCGGUGCCAUAUUCCGUCUGUACGCUGCUCAAAGACGAUGAAGUGUACAAUAUACCAACAUCGGAGCAGGAUGAAAAGGAUAAAAAUGCGCGUUAUCGUUUCAAUGGGCGUCAACUACUCAGUUGGUUGCAAGAUGUCGAUGAUAAGUGGGACAAAAUCAAGGAAGCUAUGGUGCUACGUCAUCAUAACGAAGCUGAAAGUUUGCAUGCCGUGCAGAUGAUGGAUUGGGAUAUUGCAUUGAAAAAGCAUAAAUUAUGGGAUUAUAAGUGUGAAACUGCAAUUGAGAAGGACCAUGUACCUAUUGUACAUGUCAGCGAUGACUUUGAUCUUUUACCCGCUUAGAUGUAUCCAGAGUAAAGUGAUAUAAAAAAAAAACAGAAAUAUGUAUUAAUGUACAUAGAUUCCUUGCAAAUAAUAUAAGGUCUCAUCAUAAUUUCAGCACAGCAUUACAAGCACUCUAAAUAUAUGAAAAAUGUUUAGUUAAGCACCAAAUGUUGAAACGUAUUUUAAAACUUUUGAUUAUAAUAAAUAAAUGAAAGAGUAAUAUAUAGCAUA